ACAUGCGCGUUUGUCUGCCGGUCUUCACGGCGCAUGCCGGGCGGCGGCGGCAGUCGGUCGCCCACGGACACUAUAAACUUAUUCGAUUAUCGACCGACGACGCCGCGACCGCCACAGCAGUCGCGCCGCACUACCAGCGUACCGCCACCAGUAGUAACGCCGUCUCCGGUCGGAACGCUCAACGUUUGGCCGACUCGCGCUCGUCCGAUUGUGGUGUGUCUGCGUCGCGUGCGAUCUCCGGUGGUAUGACCGCGGUAGCGUGAGGUAUAGGUAGAGUAGUCGUCCGUCGUCCGCCGGCGGGAAAUCCGAUCGGGAAAAAACCGUCAAAAAUCUCCGUUGUGGUUGUGAACAGCUCGGAGAAAUUAUGCGGCUGAAUUUAAAUAGUACCCAAGAAUCGGAUAUAAAAGAGGAGUGUCUGGAUGGAGUUAAAGCAAAGACUGGAUUAGUGCGAGUGAACGAUUCCAAUCGAGGUUCAUUAACCGUAAGGUUGGUGUUGACGUUGGAAUGCCUAAAACUUCAGAAACAAGAAGUUGUCGACAACCAUCAGUCGUCAUCGUCUUCAUCAUCUGAGGAUACCAUCGACAACUAUCAACCUAGUCCAAACUAUUAUUUGAGAUAUGUGACCGUGACCAGAAAAAACGGUAGCCUUGGAAUAAGCGUCAAAGGUGGUCAAGAGAACAAUUUACCGAUAUUGAUAUCAAGAAUUCCCGAAGGAGGAGCCGCUUACCACACAAAAAGGUUAUUCGUAGGAGAUGCUAUUAUAAAAGUGAACGACCAGUUGAUCACAAACGCUUGUCACGAUGCAGCUUUACACAUUUUGCGGAAUUCUGGAAAUCAUGUUACAUUAUUGGUCAAACACUACAAAGCUGCAGCACCUUUUUUAUUAGGCGCAAGAGGGAAGAACAACAACAAUAACGGGGAAAGUGACACAGAAGAUGGACCAUGGAUGGAUUAUCUUAUAAUACCACUGAUGAUGGGUUAUGUAACCAGAUAUGUGCAGGGUACGGACAAACUGCGGCGAAACGGUUUCGAAGUGCACGGCAUGAACGAUCUUAAUUCUACUAUAAUACAUUGCGAUAAUGUCAAAAGUUUGUCCGAAUGGGUUAAACUUAUUUCGGAGAACAUUUCAAAUCUCGCAGAAAUACAAAUUAAACUCUACAAUUUAAAUUUUGGCAUCAACGAGAAAAUCGAGUACAUGGGAUGGGUAAACGAGGGUGUGCUAAACAAUAACCAUCCUUGGCAAAGUUACUGCGCAAGAUUCAUGAUAAUAAGAGGUCGUGACGUACUGCUUUUCGACACACCACCGAUGUCCAUUACGGAAUGGCUGGAUUGCGGCGUCGUGUACAAGCUGUACGAGUCCAUGUUGAGACUAGUGAAGGAUGCAGAAAACGUGGAUCAGAGGCAAAAUUGUUUUUUACUACAAACAUCCAACGGAGUGUCCCGGUACUUUUCAAUGGAAACCAAACAGGGUCUACUGGAUGUACAGUGCGCGUGGCAUAGGUCGAUAUGCACGUCCAUGAUGCACAUCAAAAGCAGAACAUUCUACGUGCUGUUCGGUAACAACCAACAGCCAUCGAACUUGAUACUGGACUGGGAUAACGGAUUUACAUUAUACGACAACUGGACGAAUUCGAAUGUUUGGACGUACAAGUUUUCUGAGCUCCGUGGAUCCUCAGACGAUCACAUUUCCCGUCUAAAACUUCAUUUUAAUGAUAAUGGCUGCAUCGAAACAAAGGAAUUGGUCUGUCAAGACCUGCAGAGCUUGCUGUUCUGCGUGCAUGCGUUCCUGACCGCCAAAGUGGUGUCCGUAGAUCCUUCGUACCUGAACACCGAAGGGAUUCAACAGCUGUAAGACGUCGCUGGCAACUGCAGUAACUGCACUUAAUCGAUAACGUUGUGUAUACCAUUACAAUAUUAUACAAUUCAUAAUACUGUGUUUAUGAAUGUUGCCGAUUUACGCGCCAUCCGUGUUAUGUAUACAAUAUAUAUAUACAUAUAGACUCAGUUAUAUAGACGAUUGUGCAUAUACUAGUAUAUUUUACUAUUAUUAUAUGGUUGUUUAUAAUUAAUAGUCACUGAUAUUAUAAUAAUGUAUAUUAGGAAACGUCUUAAACUUUGUUAUGUGUUAGCGUUUCAGGCCGUCACCGCGUGCUAUAAUAAUUACCUACCGUAUAUAUACGGUUGUAUUAUAAUAUAAAAUACCACCUACCUUCAAUAGACUUAUUAUAUUGUAUUAUUUGACUUCUAUCAUGGCAAUAUCGCCCAUUAUUAAUAUAUGGGCAUCUACCACUGCUAUACGUGACAAAGUUCUGCAUUUUUAAUAGUACGCCUGCAUAGAGUUUGUGCUUACGUCGCGCAAUCGAGGCGAGGUUGGCGAGGUUAGCGAGAUUAUUGUUAUUAUUAAUUUUGAUAACCCGAAAUUUGAAUAUUUCGCCUUACGGUGCAGCACUACCUAAGGAUGUAAAUGCAUUUAGCCAUCAAGGGUUGACAUUCUGAGGAGUGAGCUACUGCAGCUCUUAUACCAAAAACUAUUAGCUUAAAAUAAUCAGUAGCAGUCCAUCCUUUACAAAUCAUCGCACAUUUUAUAUUUUGGGAAAAUCGAAGAAUGAUGUAUUGGUUUUACACAGACGUGGAUUCUUUUUGUUUUAUAUUUAUGUGUGACAGAGUGACACAAUCUUGAGCCAAGUAAGCCAAUCAUAGAAAUAGCCUACCCAGAAUUGUAUACACCCACCCACCACUAUUAUCAUACCAGUAUUUUUUUAAUAUAAAUUGCUAUUACGAAAAUGAUUUACUUUUAACAUAAGUGUAGUAAAAACCUAAAAGACUAUUUAAUUGUCAAAUAUUAUUGUUAAAUCUUAGUCAGGGACUCAGGGUGUGUGCAGUAUGCUCUCCAAACACCCAAGACCCUAUAUAGUUGCAUCACCGCGGUUAAGCCUUAAUCUUAUUUAAUAAUAUGAUACUUAAUUAAUAUUAAUAUCACAUUGUUCUUGUAGAGGCUGCAAUAAACAAUUAACACAGGGUAGAUUAUGAGGAUAUUUCAAUUGGGGGCGAAUAUAAAAAUUCUUUACAUCUUUCGUAGAACAAUGAUAAAUUAUUGUAUUAUUAGUUACCUAUUACCAUAAUAGUGCGCAAAAAUGUCAGAAAAAUACAUUUUUUAUAGCAUGAUAUAUAUUAUGUAUCUCUAUAAGUUUAUAUAUUUUUUUUUAUCAAUAAUUCGAGUUGUGGUUGUUAAUUAGUUUGUUGUGAUUAAUGAGUAAUUGUUUUUAUAUUAUAAUUAUAAUUCAUAACAUUUUACAUACCUAUAAUUUAACGUCUCAUUUAGAUAUCAGACUGUGAACAUAAUAAUAUAUUUAGGUAUAUAUAUUAUAUUAUGAUACCUACAAUAUAUGUUCUUCAUUUUGUCAUUUCUUCAUUAUACAUAAUAUAGGUACUGGUUGUAUAUAUAAAAUGGCUAGGAAAUGUUCAAAUUGUAAAAACUGUAAGACAUUUUCAAACUCUUGAAAUAUACUGUACCUAUAUAAGUAUAAAAAAAUAUUUAAGCUUAAAAACAAACGCACCUACAUAAUAAUAUGUACCGUUUGCAUUGUAAAUGUAUAGAAUUUAAAUAAUUUAAUUAUGGUAUUUGUAAGCGCAGACGCGUUGUUACUGGUAAAAUAUAAUAUACCAAAUAAUUAUUAUUUAUUAGGUAGUUUGUGACUAAUUGUCAUAAUUAUUGCAUAUUAGAUCAUUUUAAAUAAAGAUUAUUUUUUCUGUGUUAUUAAAAUAUGUAUGUAAACAAUAUAGACACUCAUAAAAACUUAAUUAAUGUUUUCUUGUUUAGAAACUAUUAAUUUAUUUGGUGAAUAAUUAAGGUUGUGAACUGUAAAGUUUCUUAAUAUCUAUAUCUAUUUUUCAACUAGUACAUGUUUAUUAUUUUAAUUACUCACACAUGUCACGUUGUACCGUAUACCUACCUACUAUUUGUACUAAAAUCAGUUGUAAAAUAAGUAUGCAAAAUACAAACAAUAUUAUUACAAGCCACAAAUUCGUUGAUAUAAUAAUAAUAAUGAUAAUAAAAAAAAAUGGUUUACUUUGUCUUUAUGAAA